AAUGCAUGGCGCAUCGCAGAGCAGUGCAAGGCGAGCAUUUGUGGUUAAAAAGUAUAUAGAUUUUUAUUUUUUUUAGAAAAUGACAGAUUAUUUCGCUACAUAAGACCCUUAUUCCUUGUCUGGGAUCGUGUAGAGCCCUUUGAAGCUGCACUGAAACUGACAUUUGGACCUUCAGCCCAUUGGUAACUGUUGAAGUCCACUAUAUGGAGAAAAAUCCUGGAAUGUUUUCCUCAAAAACCUUAAUUUCUUUUUGACUGAAGAAAGAAAGAACAUGAACAUCUUGGAUGACAUGGGGGCACCCAAAAAGGCAAAGAAGCGGGCAGAAGGAGCCAAUUCAAAUGUCUUCUCCAUGUUUGAACAAGCACAGAUCCAGGAGUUCAAAGAGGCUUUCACAAUCAUGGACCAGAACAGAGACGGCUUUAUCGACAAGAAUGACCUGAGGGAUACGUUCGCAGCUUUAGGCCGCCUGAACGUCAAACAAGAGGAGCUCGAACAGAUGCUAAAAGAGGCUCCCGGACCCAUUAACUUCACUGUCUUCCUCACUAUGUUUGGAGAGAAGCUAAAAGGUGCCGAUGCAGAGGAGACCAUCCUGAAUGCCUUUAAAGUGUUUGACCCAGAGGGAAAGGGGACCUUGAGGAAGGAUUUUUUGUCACGGAUGUUGACAACGCAAGCGGACAGAUUUUCUCCAGAAGAGAUGGAGCAGAUGUUUAGUGCUUUUCCUCCAGACGCUGCAGGUAAUCUGGACUAUAAGAAUCUGGUCUACAUCAUCACACAUGGGGAGGAGAAGGACCAAGAUUGAAAUAUCUCACUUCAACAACUCUCAUUUAAACAUCAUGACUUUCUCAGAUGUAGUUCUGCAUAUAUGGUACAAAAAAACAUUGUCAUGUGCUAUAUAAUCUUUCAUUUCAAGCACUGAAUUGAACUAUUAUACCAAAAUGCAUGUAAUGUUAGAGUUGGCUUUGUGAUUUUUAGAGGUUAUAAUCAUACACAGUGCCUAAUAAAACAUGUGCAGCAAAAUUA